AUGGAUGGAUGGCGAAGUCGCCCUGUUGUUGAACGGGCUGGCGGCAGAAUGGAUCGUUGCAGAGACAGACUCUCGGAUGGAGCGUGUUCCAGCUCGGGGAGCGGGAGAGGCUGUGCGAAACGUUCGUCGGUGAUUGUUGAACUCGGUGAACUGCUGGACUGCAGGCCGCGGCCAGGAGGGCGAGAGAGGGAAGAGCCCCCGGCCACGGCCCGCAGUGGGCGUUUACAGCUCAGCGACGGCCGAAGGCAUCUUGGAUCGACGAAGUUUCGGUAG